AUGCCCUCCUACUCAGACCGCAAGAAGAAGAGCGUUGCUGGUUUUUUCAAAACCGACAUCAAUGCCAAACACACCGAGGUACUCCUGUAUGCUUGCUGUCUGAGCUCUGGCCUUGUGGACAGCACCCUCUAUGCUGCCUACAACACCUUCGUCUCAAUGCAAACAGGGAACACUAUUUUUGUUGGCCUGGGUGCUUCAAAUCAGAAUCCAAGACCAUACGGCUGGGCGCGCUCUCUCACCUCGAUUGGAUGCUUCGUCAUCGGCUGCUUCCUCUUCGCCCGACUGAACCAUCUUCUCGGGCCGAGACGCCGAGGGACCUUGUGCCUCUCAUUUGUCCUACAGGUGGCCAUUCUGGUCAUUACUGCGUCGCUGGUACAGGGUGGGGUGGUACGCGGCCUCUCAUCGAGCCCCACUGCAGGCGAGGCCCAUUGGACCCAGGAAACCCCUAUUGUGCUUUUAAGUAUUCAAUCUGCAGGUCAGAUUGUUGCUAGCCGGGCGCUGGGGUUCAACGAGAUUCCGACUGUGGUCAUUACCAGUCUUCUUUGUGAUCUUGUCUCAGACCCCAAACUGUUUCUCCUUCGCAAUGAGAAGCGAGAUCGUCGCGUGGUGGCGUUUAUUCUAACACUAAUUGGGGCAAUUGCUGGGGGAUGGAUUACAAAGGCGACACAGGACAUCUCGUCUGUUCUGUGGCUGGCCGCUGGAUUAAAACUGAUGAUCUCUGUUUCUUGGAUGUUUUGGAGGGAGGAGGAGGCGGAUAGUGCAGUAUAA